AUACAUGUUCAGUUCACAUAGAGGCAUUUGUAGGUGCUGUGUUAAGAGCUUAACUUCGAACAUGUUUUGAAGUCUGAAAAAACAACAAAUAGUAUAAAUAUCACAAAAAUUUCAAGCAAUUCUUCGAGAAAGUCUGAGUUUUCAGCGCUCCUCAGACCAUGUUACGGGCAGGUCGCGGUCAUCAGGACGGCUCAAACGAGGAGCGCUUGUGCUGGAUCUGCUUGAAUACAGACGGGGGGACUCUGCGCAACGACUGGCUGCAGCCGUGUCGUUGCCGUGGCACCAACAAGUGGGUGCACGAGGCUUGUCUCAGCCGCUGGAUUGAUGAGAAGCAGCAAGUCAACCCGGACGUUCCGGUGUCUUGCCCCCAGUGCUACACCGAGUACAUUAUUGUGAUGCCGCCAGUUUGCCGUUUUGAUGCAAUGCUCGAGCGUGUGGAGAGGACAUACUGUAUGCUCUGUCCCAGCAUUUUGAUGGGCAUGCUGGCCACUGUUGUGUAUAUGGCAACGCUCUCCUACGGAGCACUUACGCUGCACCAAAUAGCUGGCUACGAUACGAGCAUUCAGCUGAUGAAAGAGGAUCCCACUUUUCUGUUGAUCGUUCUGCCAUCGGUGCCAUGUGCGUUGCUGCUACUGCGCCGUUUUGACUGGGAUAACUGGCUGGUGCGCUGGCUGCGCCGUCAACACCGUCAGUCUGUGGCGUUGGAGCAUUAUGAUGAGCAGGGGGAUCUACUGCCCGGCGCUCCGCUAACCGAUGAAUAUUUUGAUAGGCUGGAGCCGAUCGAUGAGGAUGAGAUGAUGCAGGCCGGUACUAUGAAUUCCGAGAAUAUUGAGCGAGCCACAUGCCGUGUCUGCACGGCCCUUAGUCUGCCCACCUUCUCAGUACUCAUUGGGCAGACUCUCUAUGGCAAUGUGAGCAGCAAAUUGCUAAGCAUAGUGUUGGGAGCCUUCACCUUUGAGGCCAUUAAGGGGUUGAUCAGUGUCUAUUUGCGCCAAUGCCAGUACUAUCGCCGGCGUUAUCGUAGUGUACUCGACUACACUGCCGAAAACGUCCAGAUGGCCGGCAGAACCCUCUAGUUUCGCUAGAUAUCAAUCACAUCGCAUUUUAAUUUUGAUGU